AUGCGAUGCGCGAGCAAGGCCGCCGAGAGCGCGUCCGCACGUCUCUGUGCGGACGCCGAAGCAGAAACCACAGCAACUGAUGUCUCAUCGGUUGCUGAAGCAACUCAGCCUGUAUCACCUGGUGAUGCAGACGCUCGUCAUGAAGACACUCAUGUCUUCAUAGAGUAUGAGCUCGGUGUCUCAUACUCUCCUGAUACGGAAGAUGGAUCCGUAUCGACGGCGAUCGAAUCCAAGCCGCCUGCCAAGCGUGGUAUGGAUGAUGCUACGCAUAGUAGCAUCUUUGGUUUAUCUGAUGAGUCAGAUGAACCAUCGCCGAAGCGAAGGCGCUCGAGGUCGCGAGACUCGGGCGCUCUCAGCGGUGUCGGUUCUCCUAUUGACACCACUUCGCAGCGAGGUACCAGUCCUUCUGUCGGCACGUCGCAGGAAGAGCGGGACCGCAGUGUGUUGCGGCUCGCUCCCGGGGGGAAGGCAUGGAUGCCUCCAAAAUCCGUCAUGGAUCACUUGUCGGCGACGACGAGUGAUCGUUAUCGAACACAGUUGUUCGAUUCGUCGAGGAUCCAUUACCUUGACCCCAGUGCGAAAGACUAUCGCGCUGAACAUGAGUUCUUCAUCGAUGCUUUCUUUAAACAUCGAUGGCACAGUGGGAAUCACAAACGUGAUGGUCCCUCACUGCUUCAAGUGUGGAGCGCUUACAUCCAUAACCUUGAGGAUGUAGGUCGUGACGCUUGGAACGACAAACUUAUCAAAGCUCGUGAUAAGUUUGAGAAUAGAACCCCGACAGGUGCACGCUACAAGCUACAUCGUCUGUCAAGGGAGAAAGGAUUACCCUGCCUCUCAUGGGGAGACUCGUGCCCAUGUUGUGUAAACAACUCUGCACGAGCACCUAAGGAGGCUUACCUCCUUACCAGCCCGUGA